AGAGAGCGCUCUCAGCUGCAUUCCAUUUGUGUGAACUCAAGGGUCCAGCAUUGUGCCUUCUUAUGCGAAUGGUUCUUGGCGCAACGAGAGUAGAGGUACUGCAGCUUCUUAUGACUCGCGUGACACGUCCGUUAGAUCGACUUUGCUCUUUGAGCCGCGUAUCUUUGCUCUUCAUAAGCUACGGUAUCAGCAUAGCGUGACACUUACGUCGGAGCUCCUAGUAAGGUUUCUCGGGAUGGCCAGUGACUGUCUGCGAGAGCACCCGUCAUCUUCCAGAGGCGCAUCCUUCAAUGGAGGAUCGAUGAGGGAUUUGGUGGGUGCUGAUCUGGCAUCAAUCAAAGACGAUCGUUCUGCGUCGCGAGGGAACUCCUGCGGAUGCGGAGCGCUCGAGGCCUCGGUGUGCAUAUGCAGCAAAGACGCAUCGUCGCCAGUCCUCUCCCCUCUUAAAGACACGCCCACUGGGGGCAGUGCUACUACCAGUAGUAAGCGGCGAUCUCCGAAGCCCAGCAGCAGCUUCCGCUUCUUCGCGUCGUUCGGCCGGUCAGUCCAGAUCGAGAUCCCGGACGAUGGCGUUCCGCAACUGCCGGUGUCGCAGAGCCUGCCAGAGCCACCCACGGAUUCCGCCGCUCUAAACGACUCGAUGCGCGACCCGCGGAGCACGCUAGAGCUGUUCCACUCGGCGUCGCAGCCGCCUCUCUGGCAGCCCAGCUCGCCCGUCGGCGUCCGCAGCCGUUACGCGGAGGCCAUUCGGCAGCGCGCUCGGCGCGCAAUGGAGUCGGCGGAAACGAUGGACAGCGCGUGGGAGGACCUGCACGUCGCACAGGUCGCACAGAGCACGCCCACGUCGCCGUGCCGGUCGCCCAGCGGCGUCAAGAUGGUGUCGCCGAAGUCGCUCAGGCGCAUGCUCCUGUCGCCCGCGGCAUCGCGCAAAGCCAGCAGCGGCGGAGAGUUCUCGAGCAAGAGUGAGGGGAAGGGGAGAGCGUCCGGGUACGAGAGUAGGCGGCGGUCCGGCUCGCUCAGAGUGAGUGUUGAUGGUGCUGAAGGGGUGGACUGGUCGGGCGAACUGCUUGUGGCGUCUCAGAGGAAGCAGCAGCUUGCGUCGAGCCCUAAGAUGACUCGCAAUCUGACCAUUGACGUGCGGUAUGCGAGUGAGAGCGCUGACCACCCCUCGGACCUCGACUUCUUCUCCUCGGAGUGGGCUUUCCCCGUGUCACAGAGCAUGUCGUGCGUGCCAGGAGAGGCCACCGCUGAUUCCCCCCCGGAUUCCCCCACUGCGGCCGGCAGGCACAGCUGCAUGCCCGCUGUGGUGUCCUCCGGGCUGCGGAUCAUCUCCUCCUCGCGCUCCCCCUCCCUGCACCUCCCCUCCUUCUCCUCGCUCUCCCACGCCGCGGCUUCCCUCUCGUCCCCGCGCUCGCCCUCCCUGCACCUCCCCUCCUUGGCGUCCCUCGCACACCCCUCGCCCCGCUCCAAAGGCAAGCCUGCAGGUCACGGCUCAGAGGGCGCCCACGCAUACUCAGGACCGCUGAGCCCGCAGGUGUCGAGGCAGGUGCCGGCGUGGGAGAGCGAGGAGGUGGCGGCCGUGAGGCGGAGGCUGCCUGUGGGCGUGGGGGAGAUCGCCAUCCAUGCGCCCGCCGUGCCCGCUGCUGCUGUUGGUGUUGCUGGGAGGAAGUAGGGUGCUGUGAUGGAAGUGAGGGAGGAGUUUGGUGGCUAAGGAGUAGGGAUGGAGUGUGAGUGUGAUGCUUGAAAUGCCGGCUGCAGCUGUGGCUGUGAGGGCGAGGAGAUUGGGCAAGGGUGUGGUUGCAGGGGUCACCCGGUGUGGCACUCAGGGACACUCAUGCUGAGACCUUCCAACACCACCCUCCCCAUGCUGCUGGGCCGUGUCAAUAGGUGUGCUGGUGAUGGGCGGCACUAGAACAGGCAGGGGUGGCAUGGCACUAACAGGCGUGAGACAUUAUGUACGGCAGGCUGUUGAGACUGGUAAAGGGCAGCAUGGUCCUACAUCAUUUCUCACAGUUAUCUAAUCAUCACUAAUUGUUACAC